AUGUCAUAUGAGUCACAGUUACAGAGUCACACAAGGCCAGAUGAUUGGGAAGGUCGUUUAAGGAGCCAGGAUAGGACGCUGGCUGUGCUGUUGGAGCAGGCUCUCAGAAUCAAAGCGGAGGUGGCAGCCGGUCUGCAGUCCAACCAUGGCUCUGUCCAAACCAAAUCACUCUCCCGCAAGCUGUUGGAGAGACACAUACUCAUCAUUCCACGUAUUGUUAAACAGCUCAGCAUGCGCAUGCAGGCAUUAGAGAACGAGAUGGCUCAGCGGGACUCUGUUACCUCUGGAAUGGCACUAGUUGUUCAAAACCUGGACCAGAAAAACACAGUUGGCAUUGGAGAUCUGAGAGGACGAGUAGCCAGGUGUGAUUCCAACAUUGCCAAACUGAGUGCUGACGUGAGCUCUGGAGAGCAGCAGGUGAUCAGACUGCAGUGGGAGGUUCAAGAGCUCAGGAAAGCUGUGAAUGGAGAGCUCAAAGAGCUGGAAGACAAGAUUCAUAAUGACCUUAAAAGACUGGAAGCCUCAUUGACAAAGGAUUCCAAGGACCAAAAACGCUUGAUGUCUGAUCUGCAUAGACAAGUCAAGCUACUAGAAGAGAGGAUGUCAGGAGAGCUUGAGGAGGGCAAGGAGCAAAUAGAGAAGUUGAGAAAGUGGACCGAACAGCAGCUCACACAUUCUUUCCAGUCACAUGCAGAGGACAACCAGGAGCAAGUGUCACUAUUACAAGACAAAAUGUUUGAGUUAGUGUCUAGAUUAACUGACCGCCAGCUUGCUCUGGAGGCACGAGCGGAGAAGUUUGACACCCAGUGGAACGAGGCUGACUGCACUCACUAUGAUCAGCUGAAACGCUCAGAAGGUAAACUCAGCAGAAGAAUAACCUCAGUGGAGAACAGGCUUCAUCAGAAGCUGCAGCUGCUCAAACAGGAAUACCACAAAGGGUUCCUGUCUGUGCAUGAUGCAAUUGAAUCACUGAGGCAGAUAUGUGACAUCAAAUCCCGCCUUGACAAGGAGAAGCUUCAGAAGGAUAUCAGGCACAUCUGCAGUAAGGUGACGGAGCUCAAGUGCUAGUGACUUUAGCUGAAGAGGAACUGAUUUCUGACUGUCACACCCAUCUUGAAGCAACAG